AAUGGGCCUGGACGACGAGAAAAAGAAAAAAAAAAGGAGAAUUAACACUUUACAUAGAGGAAGAGAUUGAAUAUGUCCGAAGCGUAUUACACGAGUCUGCUUUUCCUUUCAUAUACAAAGUCUUUGUGCUUAGCCUACUUACUCAGUUUCUAUAUUGACAUUUUUUUUUUGUUGAGCCGGUGGAACUUUAAGUCUCCUCUCCCUCUCCCACUCUUGUCGAUCACCAUGUUUCACAGAAAAUAAUUUUGGUGAGAUUGAGCUUUCAAGGAUGGGUGAUUGAAUUGAAAUUAGAAUUGAACAACCAAAGAAGAGCAAAUUAAAGUAAUUUAAAAUAGUAAAGGAAGGGCAUUUAGAGAGAAACAAAAGAUUUAGAAAUUUCGAGAGAGGAAGAAAAUUAAGAUGAGUGAAUCAAUGGCGGAGGCUUCGCCAUUGUCACAGCAACCACCUCAGGCUCUUCUAGAGAGACUCAAGGACUAUGGCCAGGAAGAUGCAUUUGCACUCUGGGAUGAGCUUUCCCCUGAAGAACGUCUUCUCCUUGUUAAAGACAUGGAAAGUCUAGAUCUUUCUAGGAUUGAUCGGAUCAUACGGUGCUCGCUUCAAUCUCAUAGCUUACCGACGGCGGCGAUUGAGCCGGUACCUGAGGGUAGCGUUUCGUCGGUGGAGGAGCGGCGGCCUGAGGACAAAGCAAGAUGGUGGAAGAUGGGUUUGAAAGCAAUCUCAGAAGGGAAAUUGGCUGUUUUGUUAUUGUCAGGUGGGCAGGGAACUAGGCUUGGGAGUUCUGAUCCAAAAGGUUGCUUCAACAUUGGCCUUCCUUCUGGAAAAUCUCUGUUUCAGCUUCAAGCUGAGAGGAUUCUACGUGUCCAGAGAUUAGCUGAACAAUCCAAAAAUGAUUCGGCUUCCUCAACAACUGGUAAUUCAGUGAUAAUACAUUGGUAUAUUAUGACAAGUCCAUUCACAGAUGAGGACACACGAAAGUUUUUCGAGUUUCAUAAGUAUUUUGGGCUUGAACCAGAACAAGUUACCUUCUUUCAACAAGGCACUAUUCCUUGUAUUUCAAAAGAUGGUAGGUUUAUAAUGGAGAGUCCGUACAAAGUAGCGGAGGCCCCAGAUGGGAAUGGAGGAGUAUACUCAGCUCUUAAAUCGUCUAACUUAAUGGAAGACAUGUCCACCAAAGGAGUCAAGUACUUGGAUUGCUAUGGUGUCGAUAAUGCGCUGGUUCGCGUAGCUGACCCAACUUUCUUGGGCUAUUUCAUUGAGAAAGGUGUGGCAGCAGCUGCAAAAGUUGUACGUAAGGCUUACCCACAAGAGAAAGUCGGUGUCUUUGUACGUAGAGGUAAAGGAGGGCCUCUAACUGUGGUUGAAUACAGUGAAUUGGAUUCUAAUUUGGCUUCUGCUAUCAACCAAGAAACAGGGCGCCUUCGUUUUUGUUGGAGCAACGUUUGUUUACACAUGUUUACUCUUGAUUUCCUCCACCAAGUGGCGAAUGGCCUUGAGAAGGACAGUAUUUAUCAUCUGGCUGAGAAGAAAGUCCCUUCAAUUCAUGGUCACACCACUGGUUAUAAACUAGAGCAGUUCAUCUUUGAUGCAUUCCCAUAUGCUCCCUCUACUGCCCUUUUCGAGGUACUCCGUGAUGAAGAAUUUGCGCCUGUGAAAAAUGCAAAUGGCUCGAGUUUUGACACUCCGGACAGUGCUAGGCUUCUUGUUCUCCGGCUUCAUUCCCGUUGGGUGGUGGCUGCAGGUGGAUUCUUGACACACUCCGUGCCUUUAUAUGCCACCGGUGUGGAGGUUUCCGCGCUGUGUUCAUAUGCAGGAGAGAACCUUGAAGCCAUAUGCCGUGGUAGAACCUUUCAUGCCCCUUGUGAAAUAACUUUCUAAAUAGAUAAGUCCAUGCAAUCUCUUGUCUGUGUCAACUCUGUUUUAACGCAAGUUAGGGUGAGUUAAGUUUGUUUAUCUCAUAUAUGUUCGGAGAUGAAAUAAUUAGGAUAUGAUUUACUGGUGUGUGAAUAUUGGUCUUGGGAUAUUUUGGGCAUGAUUCAAUUCUAAUAAUAUGUGAUGUGCAAUUUGAUGCCUUCAUAAUUAAUAAAGAGCCAUACUUUUUUUUUAAA